AUGACCAAGGACGACCAGGAUGCUGAUUUCCAUAUCCCAAGCGAGCCAGAAGGCUUCAAAAACUUACUCAAAGGAGUUUCCCUUAAGAAUACCAUUCAUGAACUGCACACAUCCGAACUCGACUCCGGCUCGGACGUAACAAAUGAACAAUUCGCUCUGCUUCGAGCAUAUUAUCCACCUUACGUGAAACGGACAGCAUUCGGAAAAUACUGCAAAAAGGAACUCGAUCUAAUGAAAGCCCGAGCCUCUGCCAGAGAGCUUCUCGAUGCUUCUCUAUCAUAUGGUAAUAUGCUUCGCGUGGAGGGCCUCAAUUAUCCAAACGCCUUUGUCCGCUUCCUCCAACAGCUUCGUGGUUUAUCCCUUACUAAAGCGGAUAAAAAAGCCAUGGAGGACCCCGCGGAACCCAGACCUGAUGCUAGGCGGAAAGCUCAGUCACCACCUGCGGAGCGCAUCGAGACCAAAUCAAGGAGAAGACGUGCGGCUAGAAUUGUAAGAUAUUUUGAGGAUAUUCUCAGUCAAGAAGGGGAUGAAAUGAGUGAAACAAGCAAUGGCAGCCAAGAUAGGAAUGUUGAGUCAAGAAAAAUGGCAAGCAAUCCAGAUGGCCAUCCGCAAUGCGCGGAUGAGUCUAUUGUAAACGCGUGCUGUAUCAACCUUUUGGAGACCCUCGCACAGCUCAUUCCGUCCAAAAGAUCAAACUGGACACUGGCCCGGCUAAGCUUCACAGCUGAAUUCGAAAGGGGAGAAUACACGGCAAUAACGGAUGGUGCAUUAUACACUAAAGACAAGCACAUUGUGCAAGCCAUAGUGGAGGUCAAACCGCACAUUCGUUCAUCAAUUUUGACAAAAGUCGAGAAACAGGAGGCAUCAGAAAUAGUCGCCUGGAUGAAGAAAUCCAACGGUGAUGGAUUACCACAACUAGGUGGACAUCGGCUUCUUGUCGGCCAGAACCAGCAUGAGGUUUAUCUCAUGUUUGCGAAGCCAGACGAAGAAUACCAAGCAUACCUCGAUUCAUCCCACAAUGUGAAGAACGACCAAGGUUUUCUUUCAAUACAGGCCUGUGGGCCUUGGUCGCUCACAGAUAGGGGGGAAGAUCUUGAUGAACUUUGCGAAAUUCUUCUCGCAAUUAUCAUACGAGCAUCUGCUGAGGUGGUCUGA